CAGAAUUCAGAACAGCAUUGCAAGAGACGCGGCGGAGAAGCCUACUUUCAGAUGAAGGCUUUCUUGCAAGGGUAAUCCAUCUUUUGCGAGUUUACGUCUCCUGGUUGGUCAAGGACGAUGCAUUGUGGACUGCGGUAAUGUGAAAACACAUUGUGAACAAUCGAAGCGUCUGCAGCGGCCCAAAUGGCAAACAAGGACGAGGAGCUUGCGGCGCAAUACCAACAGGCAGCCGACUUAGGUGAUGCCGAAGCCAUGACCGACCUGGGAAUGUGCUACAUGAAGGAGAGUGGGGUGGAGAAGGAUGAAAAAAAGGCAGCGGCGCUGUUCCAGCAGGCGGCUGACCUAGGGUACGCCAGGGCCAUGACCAACCUGGGCAAUUGCUACCGUACUGGCACGGGGGUGGAGAAAGACGAAGCAAAGGCAGUGGCAUUGUUACGGCGGGCGGCUGACCUAGGGAAUACCAGGGCCAUGUUCAACUUGGGAGUGUGCUACGCCAAUGGCAUGGGGGUGGAGAAGAACGAAGCGGAGGCUGUUGCGCUGUACCAGCGGGCGGCUGACCUGGGGCACGCCAGGGCCAUGUUCAACCUGGGGGUGUGCUACCAGAAUGGCAGGGGGGUGGAGAAGAACGAAGCGGAGGCAGUGGCGCAGUACCAACAGGCAGCCGACUUAGGUGAUGCCGCAGCCAUGACCGACCUGGGAUGGUGCCACAUGAAUGGGAGUGGAGUGGAGAAGGAUGAGAAAAAGGCAGUGGCGCUGUUCCGGCGGGCGGCUGACCUAGGGGACGCCAGGGCCAUGACCAAUCUGGGAGUGUGCUGUGAGCGUGGCACGGGGGUGGAGAAGCACGAAGCCGAGGCAGUGGUGCUGUACAGGCUGGCGGCUGACCUAGGGGAUGCCAUGGCCAUGUCCAACCUGGGAGGGUGCUAUGCGCGUGGCAUGGGGGUGGAGAAGGACGAGGCGAGGGCGGUGGCAUUGUGGCGGCAGGCGGCUGACUUAGGCAACGCCAUGGCCAUGGUGAACCUGGGAAGCACUCUUCAAUGCAAACUCGGAGCAAGAGUUGAAGACUUUCUGAACGCCAAGGAACUUUAUGAAAGGGCCAACGGCCUUGAGGAGAACGAGUGUGCACAUUUCAACAUUGGGCUUCUGUACUCGCGAGGUAGCGGGGUACCAAAGGACUGGGCUCGGGCAAAGCACGCUUUUCAAAAGGCGAGCAAUUUAGGUCUCCAUGUGGCUGGAACAGCGUUUGCCAUUGCCGACAGGUUGAGCCAAGUGCGAGAGGAAGUCAAACCAGUCAGAAUCCUCAGUAUUGAUGGAGGCGGCAUCAGAGGUGUGUUGCCUGCAGAAUGGCUUGGACGGCUUGAGCAGGCCUUGGGAGGAGACCAGUCAAGGCCGUUGCACGAUUGCUUCGACAUCGUUGCGGGAACGAGCACGGGGGGAAUCAUUGCCACGAUGCUCUGUGCCCCCAAUAAGGACCUGAACCGCGACGCAGUCGAGCCGAUGUUUUCUGCAGCAGAAAUCGAGGGCGUGUACCGAAGUUUGGGGAAGCGGAUCUUCUCGGGUUUCUGGGCCCGCCUCCGCUGCUUCGGCUGGUGCUGCUUCCCGAAGCAUGCUGCCGGACCUUUAGAACGCGAGCUGGAGGAACAGCUUGGGGAGUUAAGGCUCGAAGAUGCACUCACUCCUUUAGUGAUUCCGGCAUAUGAGGUCGACAACGACCGGCCGGUGGUCUUCAGCUCCCUUCGGGAGGAGCAUCGCGGAAAGCUUUUGCGCGAGGUUUGCCGGGCUACUUCGGCCGCGCCGACCUUCUUUGUGCCAGCCGUCCUUGACGGGAAGCGGUUCCUUGAUGGCGGGAUUUAUGUCAACAACCCCACUAUGUUGGCAAUCACCCAUGCCCUGGAAAACAGGAAGUACUUCGAGGACAAGGGAAGAGACCACGUGGUGGAUCUGAGAAACCUGUUUGUGGUUUCUUUGGGUACUGGCUUUAAACCCGUUCAAUCUCAGGAGGACCAUGCAAGCAGUGACCAGUCAAAAAGAGCGCGCCCCAGGGGCUGCUACUGUUUCUUUGGUUGGAUUGGGUACCUCGUCAAAGCGUCGAUGAAGGGGAGCGCGAUGGUUGUUCACGACGAGGUCGAACGCCUCUUCAAGAGCUUUGGAGCAGAGGAGAACUACAUCCGGGUGGACAUUCCGCUGGUGAGCGCGUCGAAAGCGAUGGACGACAACUCGGAUGAGCAGCUGAAAAGGCUCGCUGACGAUGCGAAAGCGCAUCUGGAUCGGUCCUUUGACAAAGCGGCAUUGGAAAAGCAACUGGGCCGCAUGGAACCGACAAAACCGGAUGGCGCGGAAGCAAUCGGGAUGAGGGGGGCCCUGGGGGGGCGCAGCGCAUCGCGACUGGUGGCGGACGAUGCAGAGAUUCUGGAGCACGUUGAGGAUGUUUCCGCCGAAGCUGGGCCCAGCAACGGUUGACAGACUGCGGGGUGCCUGGCGAGCGGCCUCUGCAUCCUCUCAGUUAAAUCGCAGGACGAAAUCUUGAGUUGUCCCGUUCGGUUUCCUGUCGUUUUCCCGUCAUACAGAGCAUGCGGAAUUCCAGCUGGUCGUUCUUAGGCGAGCGGAGGUCUGAAGUCCGAUUGCUGAUUGCUUUGAUUGCUUGAUAGUAACUUUGCUUGCUUCGUGGCGUUGUUUGUCUGGGUCGAAGUCACUGCACCGGACUUAGCGUGCAAACGUGUUGCAGAUGGCCGGCGAGAUUGUGUUGCUGAUGGACGGGUUGUAGAUUAUGGCUUGUGGAUGCGGCUUUGAGUGUUGAUUGUGUAUGACCUCGCAAAUCGCAUUGUAGUUUUAGGACAGCUUCGGUGCACGUACCCCCAGAUGUGUACGUCCCCGAAAGAAGUUAGGGUAUUUGGACAGAUGAUCGUGUCCGUAUAGAGCAGAUUGGAGUAGUCGACUCCAUCCGCUCCAAAGUACGUUCAGGCUAGUUGCCAGCUCGGGACCCUCUUUAUUGAGGGAAGCCCCUUUGUUAUCUGGCGGGAAGAAGUCCUGACAUAUGCACAUGACUCUGCCUCGAUUCGAAGAAAUUCUGGACGUGACUCUGCUUUGCGAACCUGAGAUUUAAACUCUGAUUACCUC